AUGGACGUCGACGCGUCUGCUCCUUCCUUGACACGAUCGCCGCCCGCUCGUCCACACUCUGCCCCCGCCGCACCCGUCUUGUCGCGUCCACAGCAAUUUUCAUGGGACUCGACCGACGCCGCUCACCUGGGUCCUUCGCGCAUCACAAUCACUCGCCUCUACCAACGCGCCCCAAAAGCCCCAUAUCAUCACCUGCAGUCGCAACCGCGUCUUGCCCAACUCACUGCCCCAAAGUCGCCUGGUCCCCAGAAGAAGAAACGCUGUGUUAACCUCGAUGCUGGUCCAAACCCUUUCCACCCUCAAGACUCUUUCUCUGAUCCGAGCGACGCCGAGGAUGCAGAGCCUGUGAUCCUCCAGGACUUGCGCUCCUCGUCAGCUCCUCCGGAAGACACCAACACCCCCGAACCUGUUCCCAAACCUAGAAUUUCAGACGACACUGCCAUCCUCCAUGCUUUCCUCAGCCGCGCCGCUGCAAGCAAACGCCCCAUGGCCGCCCACAAACGCGAGUCCCUCGAAAACCGCAGAGACUCGGAUGUCGUGCGCCAUGCCCUUGCCUCCACCGACAAGCCCGAAGUCUUGACCGAUCUCGACCCGAACAGUCCUCCAAAGCAACCUUCAGAUGACACCAAGCAAGAACCCGAGCCUCCAAAGGAGGAACCUGCUGUUGAACUACCGGCGGCGACACCGACAAAAUCAAAGGCACCGAGAAGGAUGACACGUGCCCGCACACCAGCUGCCGCUCCGAAAAAACCAGCCAAGAUCGCCAUUAGAAGUGCAGCCGAUCACAUUGCGCUGAAGAGAACGGAAGCACAGGAACUGGCUUUGCUCACGCGAUCCAACACACGCAAGAACAAGGGCAAGAGCAUCAUGCCUCAGGCUAGGCUUUUGAACAUUGGAGACGACAUCGUUUUACUCGAGGACUCGACCGAAGAAGCAGCUGAGACAGUUGCGGCUGAGAAAGAGCAAAGCAACAAAGCAACAACACGCAGAGGUGUGCAGUGGAACGAGACAUUGACCCACGUACGUGAGUUCGAGUCGGAUCCACCCGACAGCCCGCCAAAGACAAAAGCUCGCACUUCAAGGGUAUCUGCCAGAGCCUUGGAGCCCUUUGUGCCACUCACAUCUGCCGAGGAGCCUGUUGAGGAAGUGGCUUCAGAAUCUACCGAGAUGGACGUCGAAGCCACAGAGCAAGAAUUGCAACAGACACUUGGGCUACCAACCGAAUCCACACCGCUUGUCGUCAAGUUUCUCUCGGACAAGAACUCGGCAAGUGGAGCUCUUUGGGGUACCGGUGCAAAAAAUGGCAACCUCUCCCUUGUCUUUGUCGUUGGUCCGGAUGGCGGUGACGGAAAGCUCUCGAUCAUUUCGAUGGUCCGGAUCGUGUCAGAUGGACAAGCUUCUGUGCUUUGGCCUGUCUGUACUGUAUCCUGGAUUGGUGGUCUCGAAGUCGACUGGGCUUCUGCUACUCUCAAUCUUUGA